AUGAGGAGGAGAGGUGGACUAGACUACGGCGACGCCAGCGGGAAGCCUGCAAUGAGUAAAAUGCGAAUACCGAAACGGAAUCAGGCUGGCCUAGUCCCGAUGUUCCACACCAGCGUGGCCACUGCCAGUAACCGUUCUAGAAACCUGCACCUGGAAAUUUUAAAAUUAUUGGGGCCAGGUCAACUUCCGCCAACGUGUAUGACAACGCUCACGGGGAAUACUGACCCUGUGUUUACUUUUCACCAGGAGGAGCUUGGUCGCAGUAUCUUUAUUUCACUCUCUCGCCCCCAGCCAGUGGUAUUUUCCCCAAGUGGGCAAGCUGACACUCCUGUCCCGAAUCACGUAUUUGGUAAAAAUCGGUCUACAUUCGUACCUGGACAAAAUACAAAUUCCGAUCUGCUAGGAGUCUCCUACAGUAUGCUUACGGUAUGGCGCCACCACGUUAAGAGAGGAGAAAAUAUUUGCAAAGGUCAACGAAGCCCACUGUAA